GAUUUUAAACAACCAUCUACAGUCUAAAAUUGUUCUUUAAAGUGAAAUGAAACUAAAUUUUAAAUUUAUUUCAAUAAUCGUCUUAUUGCUUGGAUUGUUCUGUGGAACCCAAGCAAGCACUUUUAAACCGUUUGUGCGCAGUCGUUACAGUUUACGUUGGCGUAAAACUACAGAGAUGCCCAAAGUUUGGGAUUCAUCGACAGCUUCCAGCGUUAAUCAGGAAACGGAAAAAAUUUCUUUAAAACCCAUCGAUAUAUCGGAGAACCUCGCCGACAAUACCAUACAUUUAACAACUGUCAAGCCAUUAUUGAAAACAUCUACUCAUUCGACAGACUAUGAUUAUUAUAAUAAUGAGGUCGAGGAAGAACAUAAAAAUUAACUCGACAAAAUUUUAUAAUAUUUUUUAUAUGGUUAUAAAACUAGGAAAAAAGAAUUAAGAAAAUUAAUAAAAG